CCAGGCUGUUUUGCAAUAUGCUUUUUGUUCGUAGCUUUGUCUCCUGUCUCCUGCAGCGAAAUUCUGUAUUUCCACUUUUUUCGAAAUGAAUUUGUCACCUCGUGCUUGUGCCUUCUUUGCUGGAAUUAUGGUGCGAUUAUUUUGGGCUAUGUUUUCAUAAUCAGUUGUCUGUUAACAGUUUCUUGAGUGUGCCAUUCCAUGGGCUUCGACACAGGUUCGGAAGGGGGGGGGGGAGGCAAGAGAAAGUUUAACACUCAUAAGAAAAAUUUUGGUAAAAGCUCAACUGUUUUGAAAAGAAGUAGGGGGAAGGCUCCCUGGCCCCCCUCCACUUCGCAGAAGGCCCUGCCUUCCGUUAACACCUGUAUUUAGGUGUUAACGGAAGCAAAUAUUUUUUAUCAUAACAGUAAUGUUCAGAUAUUGUUUACAAAACAAAAAGGCUUCGAUAUUUUAGCAAGUAUAAGUUAUAAUAUAUUUUUAUAGAUGACAAGAUAUAUGUGGACAGUAAUAACUUUUGUGUUGUUGUUGUUGGUGAGAAGAUAUAAGCAAAAACGUUUUGGCUAGGAAUUAACUGAAUGAAUAAAUUUUUGUUUCUGUUUCUCUGGCCUUCUAUCAAGUAUCAUUCCUAGAUUUGAGCUAUGUCAUGGCGAAUUUAAGCGGUUUUAUUGUUAGAAUGAAGGCACUCGAAAGACAUAAAAGACUACUGUAUUUAUGAGGCGUAGUUGCUGCAAUGGAAAGAGUUAAUGAUAAUCGUUUUACAAAGUUGUCCGCUUGUUCUAUCCAUAGACUAUGUUCUAUUCAAAAAAGGUUGGCAAAGGAGUGAACUCUAGCUCUUCCCCGUUCAGAUUCAGUUGAUUUUCCAGUUAAGGCCAUGUCAUUUCUUUUGUUCCAGGGUAGAAGGGAGGACCCUUCUUUUUGCUGGAAAAUGUUUCUUUUUAUCUUAGAGCAAGUUAUUUGCUAGGUUCAAGAUCUUUAGGGGGAGUAUUGCUUUCAAGAAUCAAAUCUUUGCAUAACUUUCGUCUUGGUGAUGCUUCGACAUCCCCUGCUCCUCAUUUAUCAGAACUUGUCCAAGGCUUCCCAGGGUUUUUUAAAUGAAAAUUUAGAAUUGCACAUUUUUAUCUGGAGCACUGUGUUGAAGGAAUCAUUAUUGGUUCUGACAAAUAUAAACUAAAUGUACAUGAUUCUCCGGUACAGGUAGCUUGUGUUCAAGACCAGUGGCGUAGCCAGGGUUGAUAGAGUGGAGGGGCAAAGUGGAGUCCAACAGGAGAGGGUCCGGGGCUUUACCCCCGGGUAAAUAAUUGCUGACCACACCCUUAAGAAUUUGGAGAAACGACGCAUUUUGUAAAUGCGUUGGUUUUUUUACAUGGCAAUGGUUGGCUAAUCAAACGUAUAAGUUUCAAACUAAUGGAGCAAAAUUUGCAUAAUCCCCGACAAGAAUUUCAGAAUCAAGUUCUUUUAAGGAUUGAAGAGUUUAGAAUUUUAAUUUCUAUUUUACCGAGAAUUUCUAAAAAACAUUAAGGACUUUUCUAUAUAAACCCUAAAACGAGGGGAAAUUGUAAACCUUUCUGUAAAGGUGCAGACUAGGGUCCCCUGCGAUCAAAUUGAGCAGAAAAUUUUUGCGACCACGCCCUUUAGAUUAGCUCCCUCCCCCUGUGAGCUACUAAUUUUAUUGCAGAUUUGCACUUUUCUCCGAUACCAACCCUCUGUGCAUUGGGGGGGGCUACUCCAGACCCCAUAAUUGAAAUUCGAGGUUUGGAUAUUGUUAAUGUAAUAUCAAUCGGCAGAAAAAGCAAGUAAAUUUUGAACUCAACUUGGAAGCAAAAUUACAAAGUAUGUGAUAAUAGAAAAUCACAAUUUCGAGCACAUGACAGCCAAUGUGAGAUCUUGGUUAUAUAGAAUCACGAUAAACCACAGUCAACUAUAUAGAAUCUUGAAAAACAAAAUUGUAUUUGUUGAGUGACAUUUGAUCGCGAUGUAAUAUAUAAAGUUUUGAAAAUCUUUAUACCGUCUUUUUUCGAGCUAUGCCAAUUAGACAAACGAAACGGAUGACGAUAAAGCAAGGUAUUAAUAGUAAUUGCAUAACAGCUUGAGAAGUAAAUGUUAAAUUGUCUACAAUUCAGUUGUCGGUCUGUUUGGUUUGACCGUACAAUUAUAAAAUUUAAAUUCGAAACUGAUGACAGGAUUGAUUUUUUGCUCUAAUUUUAAUGUUCUUUUCUCUGAUUUAAGAGUUUAAACAGGCUCCUGCUUUGACACUAUCAAUUCCAUGCUUCCUGUAUGUGUGACUUAAAAAUGAUAUAGCGACUAUGAAGUUUCGUAAAAAUUAUAUUUCCUCUACAUCGAAUAUCUUCUAUAUCUAUAACCUAUAUAUCCCAAUAGGUCUUUGUUUAAUUUUAGUGCCAUCUUUAUUAUCUUUUUUGUGUUUCAUCAUUCACCCCUUUGUAUGUUUUUCCUGCAAAAUUUUUCCUUUAUCUUUUGUUCGUUGAAUUGAAAUUUUAGAACUACACAGAUUUUUCUUUAGAACUGCAAAAAAAAUUUAAGAACUGCACAUUUUGUGUAGAACUGCACGUUAAAAAACUCUGGUGCUUCCAUGGUUCUCUGUUAUAAUACCAAUCGGCAGCCUUGCGUCAGACUCCUUGGUCAUUAAGACGAUUUGAUAUGAUCAUCUUGUAAGGGUUAAUUGCUUGUUUCAUUUGAUGCCAUACCUAUUUAUGAUUACUUUGAUUUAGUUUUCUCUAUCUUGCAAAUAACUGUUAGUGGUGUAGCCCCGUAGCUCUCAAGCUUUUCGAGCAACAGCACCUACAAUCUCGGACAAAAUUGUUGACAAAAAAUGCAAUUUCUGUAAUUUUUUCUUUAUCUUUUCCCUAUAAAUUCUAGGGGAGAAAGUUAUUUUUGAAAGGAAAGUGAAAAUAUGAGCUUUUCUUGAAAAGUCUCGACCAUUUUGUCCGGGGUUGUAGCACAUUCGAAGUUUUGGUAUUGAUUGGCCGCCUCCACUUCCCUAAGCCCAACUGUAUUUUAGAUACUUUUUAUUAUGAUAACAAAAAUUGAAGGUUGGAAAAAGGAUUUUAGCAAUGUGAAUUUCAAAGUAUAUUUUAAAUACAUCAAGAUUCAUAUGCUGAUUUGAAUACGGCAGAGUUGUCGAUGUGCUACAUACUUUUUCAUGAGUUGCGCAUGUGACGUUACUAAUGUUACACUUCCCAGGAACAUGGACAUUUUUGAGGGGAUGGGGGGGGGGGUUGGAUACUAAUUUGAUUUUGGUGCCACGCCCUUCAGGUCGCUGGUAAAUGAUUGAAAAGCCUAUUUUCGAUAUUCGGCUUUCAACUUUACGGUAAAGAAGAUGAAUAAUGUAAAAUUUUGGCGUUAUUUUGCUACUACUGCCUACCAAAAAAUUAAUUUUACCGAAUAGAAGCGAAAUUUACCGAAGGACACAGAAUUAUUGGGGGGUGCCACACGCCCGACCUCCUCCGCUAAAUCAGUACCUGUCUAGGAACGUAUCACUACAGAAAAUUCAAAUAAAGCCCUGGCCUUCAAAUUUCUCAAAAAUAAAGCCCUAAUCCUCCUUCACACUCUAAUAGAGUCAGUUUUUGCGUUUAUGAUUAAUGUUCAUUUAGGCCCUUCACAUUUAGAGCAUUGCAUAGUUCCUUUUUGCAGACGCAGCGUUCUAUUAUGCGUGACGUAAAUUUUGCGUGACGCAGCAUGCCUAUCUUUUGUAUUAGGAUUGACCCUGCAUAGGAUUUGCUGAGGUAAUGGUAUUCCUUUAUAAACUGUAUUACCUCAUGCCUCUUUUAGGUAUUAUUUCUGGUAAGUCAUCAUUUCGCAUCUUAGGAAACUGCUGACAUAGCGCCCCCCCCCCUCCCCCGGACUUUCUUCCACCUAACCUUGGACUAUAUAAAACAAGGGCCGGAUAAAGGCUCUGCAGGGCUCUAGGUUGUGACAAAUUUCUAAUUCUUUCCCAUUGUCCAGCACCCAUUUCUUUCUUAAGGUUUUUAAAAAAAAUGCAUAUAAUACAUUGGGAUAGGAUUUGGCCUUCUUUUGCGUAGAAAGACAUUUUAAUUCUAAUACUACAGUUCUAAACUUUUAAAUUGGUAUUUCAUGCUGCUAUUUUAACAAAAUGCCCUAUUCACACUAAUAAAAUUUUCACAAAAACAGAUCCACAGUUUUAAUUUACAACUCAACAAAGCAAAUCAGAUUCACGCUUAUUUUAGACCUUGAUUGUUAUAUAAAAUACAUAUUAUUUUAUAAUUAUAAUAUAAUGAUGUAGAUUAAGUUUGGUUGUAUGAGUUGCCCGUGUAGAGUAAGUAUAAAUGAGUGUGUUAGUUUUUUUUGAGCGACUAUUCAAUAUCGUGACACCCAUGAGUGUCUGUUGCUGCCCAGGAACGAUUUCGAUUACUUGCUUUAUAGGAAAAUGCUCACUCAAUCUGGUACUUAGAUAGUAUGUUACAUUCGAAUUUAUGUUUUUCGUGAUUUUUUUCUUUCUGUGUUUAAGGAAAUGCUAUGGUCCCCUUUUCGCAGAAAACAAAAUGUUUUACUUUUUUAGGGAAGAACAAAACUCCUAUUUUGUCGCUUAUUGAUUCUUGCAUAAGGCAAUUAAAUUACAUUUUUUGCCUCUGUGAAGGGCUCAAUUGGAUUAAAAAAUCUCCGUAUGGAUCCAAGAUGCACGGAUUUGUAUGCGCAAUCCUACUACGAAAUUUUGGCGGCAAUUAUUCAACCUCAGAAGUGAGAAAAUAAUUGAUCCUUUACAUCGAUUGAAGGCUAUUGUCCCUGUCAUCAUAUUUUUGUUUUUUUGUUUUUUAUAAGAUGCUCCUUGGAUUUUGUUUACUUCAUAUUCCAGCGCAUCUUUCAGCAUAAACUUUGCUCUACUGUCCUUUAAAAACGUCUUUAUUCAUUUUGAAAAAGCAGACAUUUUGAUAAAUAGAUUUAAUAGCUGAGAUUAAACCAAAUCGAAAGAUCAGAAACAAUAAGUUUCUUGUCGUUUUGUCGCCAAGUCUAGGAAUGCAAUCUACGAAGUUCCUCGAUAUGGACAUCUUCCGCCUUAAUUUGGAUCCGUACCUGUUUGGAUCCGAUCCCAACCGUUUACACGAGACCUUUUUGGGAUCGGAUCCAAACGGGACCACCUUCAAAAGCGAUCCCAAAAGGGUACGGAUAGCAGAUUUAAAUGGGACCGAAUCCGCUAGGUCCAGUGUAAACGCAAAGCCUAUCCGUACCACUUUGGGUCCGAUCCCGUGUAAACAGGCCCUAAAAUUAAGAUCUCAAAACUUUUCCGGGUUGCCAAAAAUAGAUAUAUGAAUCAUGCAAUCAGAAUGCGAGAACAAAAGCUUUUGCAGGAGCUUCUGCGGUCAAACCUGAAAUGCUGUAGAAUUCACUUUAAAAGAACCACUGUGAACUCACUUCUUUGUGAAUUCACUUUAAAAGAACCACUGUGAACCAUUUUACGGAAUAGUGCCGUACACUACAUUACCUUAUAAUCAGUACAUCGUACGAAUUGAUACCUUAUAUUCUCUAUAUUACCUCGUGCUCGCUAAAAUUUCUCCAUCAAAAUUUAAUCUAACUCGGUCCUAGUUCACUACUAUCCUAAACUGUCCACUAAAGAAUAUUAUUAAUCAACAAAAUGAAUAUUUAAGAAAAAGUACCGUAUUUUUGAUUGUGUCAUUAGUCAUAAAGCAAUUAUUUGCCCUGUAAGCUCUUAAUUUUUUUUCCUUUUGAACAUAUUCAAAAUGUACACGAUUUGUUUGCAAAACAAAAGAGUUUUUGCAGAACAUCCUUAUUAUUAAACCAAAGAAACGCAACCAUCUGGUCUGUUCAUUGCUGCGCUAAUUUACUUUUGGCUGCUAAUUUAGAUCAAUUAAAUCACCACUUCCUUGUGAAAACAGACGCACUUUGCUGACGACUUAAAUUUUCCAUUUGUUGGACUACACAAUAGAGUAUUGUUACGUAUCCAAUCGGCAACGUAGGCUAAUACUCUAUUGUUUCCUACAUUGUAAACGCACUGCAAAGCCUAUUGUUAACGCUGAACGGUUGAUUGACAGGGCAAAGUGCUUGUCAAAUCAGCGGGUCGGUAGUAUCACGCUCACUGAUUGGCCAAUUUUUUAUUUAAAGAUGUCUUGAGCGACUUUCAUAUCAGUUGGUGUAUUUCUCGUUCGUUCGACAUACAUGUUGCUGCCGAUUGGUGUUGAAGAUUAAAAACUCUUGUUGAUGACUGUUUGAAAUUCCAAGAAACAUUUCAAAAUGGAAAUGCUGUUUUUUCGUGUCUUUGUUUGCCUUCUUUCGCCACCAGCUCUGCUUUAUGCCUCGACUGAUAUACCAUCUACAAAUGUGACUGUGAAAUCUAAGAAUUUCACAGCAGAUGAAGACAUAAGAUCUGCAUUUGAUUCAGCAAUCGAUGAGACAAGUACCCAGCUUUCAGAAGCUUUGCUUUUUCGGUAUCCGAAAUUAUUAGCUGUGGUGAAGACACUGGUCAACAGAACUUUAAACGGCAAUCUUGGCCAGUUUGUGAAUUUGAGUGACGUGUGCAACUCUGCUGGAUCUUUGCUGAAAGGCGUAAGCGAUAGAUGCCAGGAGCCAGAAAUGUCACAAGAAUUAAAAGAUCAAUGUACUUCAUCAAACAAAAAUUCAGAAUCGAAUGGAAAUUUAACUUUAACUUCUGUUUGCGAGUCUAGUUCAAAUCAAAAGCAUUCCAUAUCUCGACGAUCGAUCCCUUCCAUACCGUCGUUUCCGUCUGGUACAUUUCCUCUAGGUCCGUCCGAUGGUGAUUCAGGGAAUAAUUCAUCUGGUACAUUUCCUCCAGGUCCGUCCGGUGGUGAUUCAGGGAAUAAUUCAUCUGGUACAUUUCCUCCAGGUCCGUCCGGUGGUGAUUCAGGGAAUAAUUCAUCCGGUACAUUUCCUCCAGGCUCGACCGGUGGUGGUUCAUCUGAUGUACUUAACCCCACAACGAAAAUACCGGUCCCGGUUACAGCCAGUAGCAAUGAUAGCAACAGCACCACUCCAAAUAAAGGUCCUGAUUUUAACCCAAUAGACUAUUAUUUCUUCGCAGUUAAAGUUCUUGCUAGAACUGUUGCUAUAUCGUACGAGAAAAGAUGUAAGAAUCUUAAUGGAGUUUACAACAGUUUUGAAAAUACAUGCCAAAUUCAAGUUACACGAGAAACAGUGAGUAGAGAAAACAAAGAAACAAAGAAUACAAGCAUAUUCACCAUAAAAAAUGUCAGCCUUGUAAGAAGACUCAACAAUGUUCCAAGGUCAAGAAUGCCCAUCUUUUACAUAACAGUGAUUGGUAAUACAGUAAGCACAAUUUUCUCGGUUGCCUUGAUUCUCUCUUAUAUGUUUCUCAAGACAACCUUUUCAACAUUUGACAAAAAUGUAAUAUGUUUGUCAGUCUGCUUGUCCUUGUCACACGUUUUGCAAUUUCUUGUGAACUGGCUAAAUCAAAAGCCUAUAUGGUGCAAAGCGAUUGGCAUCUUACUGCACUGGUCAUUGCUCGAUUCUUUCAUGUGGAUGGUUGUGAUGUCAUAUGACUUUUUCUCCACUUUCUCCUCUAAAAUGCUAAUCAUUGAUCGAAAGAAGAAGAACAGGUUCAGAAAUAGCCUCAUUUUUACUACACUAUUGUCGACAUGUGUGGUAUUAACAUGCAUCUUUAUCGGAAUUCCAAAGGAGGAUUUCUCUGGCUACGGCAUCAAUGGUAUAUGCUUUGUUUCAAAGUUUUGGGCAAACUUAUUUGGCUUUGUUCUCCCAGUGUCACUCAUUUUGGUGCUGAAUAUUGUCUUUCUUGUCUUCAGUGUAAUGAGAAUUCACAGAAUGAAGCAAGAUAAUAAAAAAGCUUUGCAAUUUAGCAACUCCAACCCAUCAAAGAAAAAUAUUGCUGUUGGCCUGAUAACAUUAAAACUAUCAGUAUUAUUUGGUUUGGGCUGGCUCUUUGGAUUUCUGGAAGGGUUUGUCCGUAGUGAGGUUCUUUCCUACCUCUUCUACAUUGUUGUCUCAUUUCAAGGUGUUGCCACAUUUCUUGCAUUUGGAAACUUUAAAGAUUUUAGAAAUCGGUGUAUUAGGCAGAGAAAGGACAACAGUUCCUAAAAAGUCAACAGUUUCUCGAACUUAUUGCACUGAAAAGUUAUCACAAAAAAUCCUAUCUAUUGCAUGAAGUAAAAGAAGAGCUGGUAGAUGAAGAAGUACUAGAAGAGGAAUGAGGAGAACAAAAAGGAGAAGAAGAGGAAGAAGAAGAAGGAGUAGAAGAAGAAGGAGUAGAAGAAGAAGAAGAAGGA